GUAGGCAGGCGGCGGAGCGGGCGGUUCGUAACGUUCUUCUUCGUUUCCAAGACAACGAGUGAAAACAGAGCAGCAGAGACGGAAAACAGCCCUGAUAGCCAGCACUGAGCGGCGAAUGUAUGACAGCGGGUGCGACAAUGUCAUAAAUUGUAAGGAACGAAUUUGGCCCCGCUGAAAACAGUUCUGCAGUAAACACCAUGGAGGAAAUCCCGGUGAAGGUGGCUGUGAGAAUCCGUCCUCUCUCAUCCAAAGAGAUUCUUCAUAAUCAUCAAGUAUGUGUGAGACUUGUACCGAACACCCAACAGAUCAUCAUUGGGAAGGACAGAGUCUUCACCUUCGACCAUGUCUUUGGGAAAAGUUCCACCCAAGAUGACGUCUACAGCUCCUGCAUUGAACCACUUUUGGUGUCUUUAAUUGAAGGAUACAAUGCCACUGUUUUUGCCUAUGGACAGACCGGGUCUGGCAAGACAUAUACCAUUGGUGGAGGCCAUGUUGCCUCAUGUGCUGAAGAAGAAAAGGGGAUUAUACCACGUGCCAUACAGGAACUUUUCCAGACAAUCUCUGAAAAUCACAACAUUGACUUCACUGUCAAAGUGUCCUACAUAGAAGUGUACAAGGAAGAUCUGAGGGACCUCCUGGAACUGGAAACAAACGUAAAAGAUAUACACAUCCGGGAGGAUGAGAAGGGGAACACAGUGAUUGUUGGUGCCAAGGAAUGCCAAGUUGAAAGUGCAGAUGAGGUUAUGAGUCUUCUAGAAGCUGGCAGUGCAGUCCGCCACACUAGCACAACUCAAAUGAAUGAGCGCUCCAGCCGCUCUCAUGCAGUCUUCACCAUAAGUAUAUCGCAACAAAGGGACGUUACAGAAAAUGGACCCAUUAAGUCUGUCCAGAUGAUCUCUUCAAAAUUUCACUUUGUAGACUUGGCGGGGUCAGAAAGAGUGACCAAAACUGGGAACACCGGAGAGAGAUUUAAAGAGUCCAUCCAAAUUAACAGCGGUUUGCUUGCUCUGGGGAAUGUAAUAAGCGCACUUGCUGAUCCAAAGAGAAAAAGCGCACAUGUUCCUUACAGAGAUUCUAAGAUUACUCGUAUUCUUAAAGAUUCCUUAGGUGGAAAUGCCAAAACAGUCAUGAUUUCAUGCAUAAGUCCUUCUACUUCAGACUUUGAUGAAUCUUUGAAUUCUCUUAAAUACUCCAACCGAGCCAGGAAUAUCAAAAACAAGCCAAUUGUAAAUUAUAACCCUGACUGGGACAGAAUUGAUGAAAUGGAGCUGGAAAUAAAGGCACUCCGCGAGGCUUUGCACAACCAGCAAAGCAGUAGGGUGAGUCGGACAAGCCAGGUGUCUCAAGACUGGAGCCAAGAAAGGAACAAAAUGCGGGCUCUGGAAGAGCAGCUUGCACAGUAUCAGCUGGAAUGCUUUAACCAUCGACAUUGUACAGAAGAAGCUUUGGAGCUGUUGUAUGAACUUAAAGAUAUGACUGGCCUUACAAAAUCUAUAAAGAAUAGGCUUCAGAGUUGGCUGGCUGUGGCUGAGGAACUAAGAAGUGAUGUGAAGGCUGUGUCUGGAACUGACAGUGCAGUUUCCGUGGGAGAGGAGCCACAUCACAUCACCAUACUACAGCUGAAAAGGGAGCUAAAGAAAUGCCAGGAUGCUCUUGCAGCGGAUGAAGAGGUAUUUGUCCAGAAGGAGAUGGAGCUAAAGGAGUUACAAGAGAACAUUCAGUCUUUGCUACAAGAAAAUCAGCAUUAUCAGAAGUCUUUAGAAGAGGCUGAGCACAGCAAGAGUCUACAGACGGAGAAGGUUGUGGAACAACAGAUCCUUAUUGAUGAGCUGAAGUACAAGGUUGAAGAAUUAAAUGAGCAGUCGCCGCGGGGUCUGGUAAAGGAGCAAGAAUUAGUUUCUAAGAGACCUCACAGCGUUCCAUUGAGCCACCAACUGCAGAGGCUGUCUUCAAGCUUUAGGCAGUCUAGUAACCAGUCAGAACCAAGGAAGGUGCGCACCAGUCCUCCUUCAUACUCCCUGGAACGAGUGGUAGCUGGCUUUAGGACGCGUAGCCAGAUGCUUUUAGAUUUAAUUGAAGAACAAGACGAAGUUUUACAUGAAAAGUUUUCGGACUGCAGUGAUGAGGAGUUAGAGAAGCAAGAUAGAAACAUUAAGAAUAAUUCUCCAAAAUCUUCAUUUAGAUGUUCCAUCAAUCGGACAUGGACACGUAGGCAUGUACCGGACGCUGGAGCUUUGAAUAAUGGCGCAAAACAAUCAUCUACCAACAGGGAGGAUGUGUCUGAAACUGCCAUGGAAGCUGUUCAAGAAAGUCAAAGUCUUAAUCUAAAGAAGCUAAAGACCACAGAACUUCGGCUAGCCGAGGCAAGACAGAAGUUGAGGGAGCUGACCUUAAACAUUAAUAUGAAAAAAGAGCUCAUAAAGGAACUAGCCAAGACAAGCAGUGAUGCUCAAUGUGUGAACAAACAGUAUUCACUAAAGAUCACACAGCUAGAACAGGAAUCCGAGCAGGCUAAAACUGAAUUGGCUGAAGCUCAGAAACAGUUGCAAGAGCUGGAAAACAAAGAACUGCGGGACCAGGCACAGAAAGCCAAAUUACAGAAAGAUUUCCGUAAGAAAAUGGAGGCUGCAAAACUUAAAAUGCAGGCAUUACAGAAAAAGCAGCAAGAUACAAAGAGGCUUGUAAACAUAUCGGCUCAGAAUGAGAAGUGCGCAUCUGAUCUGGAGCAAAACAUACAAAACAUGCGACAACAACAGGCGCAGCUUCAGAAAAAGCUAAAAGAGGAAAGUGAUAUAAAGAAGAAGCUGGAGUUGGCCGUGCAAAAGGACCAGCAACAAAUCAAGGAGCUUCAGUUGAAGAAUGAGCAACAACAGAAGAUGCUGAAACUAAAAAACGAAGAGAUUGCAGCCAUUAGACGGCGGAAGAGUACCCCAAGUAUUCCAGACCAGCUUCAGCUAAAAUUAGAAGAACAGAAGAAGUGGCUUGAUGAAGAGGUGGAGAAGGUCUUGAAGGAGCGUCAAGCACUGAGUGAGCUGGAAGAGGAUUUAAAGAAAAGAGAAGAGAGCGUUGCUAAGUUAGAAGGCAUGCUUAAAGAAAAGGGCCACCUGGAGAUCAAAAAAUUGCGAUCAAGUCAGGCUUUGAACAGUGACAUAUUGAAAUUGUCAACUCGGCUUCAUGCAUUAGAGAAUGAGCUUACAGACAAAAGUGAGAAACUUCAUAGCGGUAACAGCGAGGAGCAGAAGAAAGUGUCUGAGGAGGUUAAAGUUCUGCAGAAGGAGCGGGACCACCUCCUACAGAAAAGAGACAGUCUAGAUGAAAAACUAAAAAAUGGCACUGUGCUGUCUCCAGAGGAAGAGCACUUCUUGUUCCAGCUAGAGGAGGGAAUCGAAGCUUUGGAAGCCGCUAUUGAGUACAAGAACGAGUGCAUUCAGAGUCGACAACAAGCCUUAAAGGACUCCUCUCAGAUUCUCUCACAAAGUGAAGCAAACGUCGUUGAGAAGUUCAGUUCACUCUCUGCUUCAGAGACCAGAUCUGUCCUCAUCAAAUACUUUAAUAAGGUGGUAAACCUACGAGAAACAGAACGGAAAUUGCAGAUACAUGCAGAAGAAUUGGCCAUGAAGGUGUCAGAGCAGGAGAACUUGGUGAGAGAGCUGGAGUCGGCCUUAGAGCAUCUUACCUUGCAAAAUGACAGACGCUUAAUGCAACAACAAAGGGAACAUGAACAAAAGACGCAGCUUCUGUUACAGCAGGUUAAAGAUAAUGACAGAGGUAUUCCUGCAGAAAACAUUAAUGCAUAUGAAACAAAAAUAGAGGAACUUGAAAAGGAGCUUUAUUUCUACAAAACAACUAGCCGAGAAUUAAGGAAGAAGCUAAGGGAUCUGGUUGGAGAAGUAAAUGUGACAUUUCCUAAUUAUGGUGGCUUUGGAGAUGCACCACCGAACCAGGAUGAAUUAAGAGCAGUGACCUCCAAAGAGCAGAAAUGGGUGUCAAAGGUUGAAAAUGGAAAAUCAAUCAGAAAGUCCAAAGACCCUUCAAACUCCAGAUUGAAGCAGAAUACUUAUAGACUUAUUGGGGAUAAUUCAGGAGCUGGAGGUCACAUGCCGCAGCCCGGCAAACAAAUCAGAAGGCACUUUUCUAGUGGAGAUGACACAGAAGAUACAGAUGAAUUGCAUACUUUCAAACCUCAAAGCCAAGAGACUAAUAAAGCAGCAAUUGUGGUAAAUCCAGUGAAACUGUCCCGCCGAGAGGUGCGGCAGAUCUCUGUGUCAGAGCUUUCAACACGACGAUCCAGUGUUGGUUCCAUUCUUGCUGAUUCCAUUGAAAUAACGCGGAAAUCAUCAGACUUUAAAUUCUAGAUAAAGUGUUUGGGGUAGUUAGAAAAUGUGGCACUUGUCUCGCUGUGAAUAUGUACAGACCAGACAUUUCUGAGCUGUAGCACAGACCUUAUUCACGAAACCCCAGCACUCUAGAUGAGACUACCAUCACACUGUAUAGUACAAAUGAUACAUCUUAAUGCCAUAACUGGAUAUUUAUUACUUGUAAAUUUUAAAAAAAACUUUCCAGAGUGGCUGUAUUUAUUAUCCAUGGUGCCGUCCACUUUUAGGCGUGUGGUACUGUAACUUAAAAAAGGGGUUAGCGGAAAGCCCAGACUGCAAGGAGAGUGAGUGCUGUUCCAACAAUAUCUGGCGGCUCAGCCUUGUUACAACAGUGGAGACACUGUUGACCCCAUCCUUAUCGAACCCCUCCCGUCAAUAGGUGAAGAUGUGAAAGAGAUACAGAUGGAGCAGCUAUCAUCUAAGCCAGGGCAUUACUUUAUUAACAUAGAAUGUGCACUACACAAAUAGUGUGGAGCACUGUGGCAUGCUAAUACUAAGUGCAUAAUGCACUAACACUCUGUUAACAGUGUAGUAUGCCAGUUAAGUCUGCUACAUCUGUAUGUGGAAAGGUAUCAGAACCGGGACAUGGUGGACAUUGAUGAAUAUGUCUGUGAAGGUUCUCAUUUAUCCAGGUCAUGGUAUAUCUGUAAAGAA